AAAUCUAACUUUUCAACUUUUCAGCUUGUGAUAUUUUGAAUUAUUAUUAUUACUACUACAGCGAAUAUUACAUUUUACUAUACAGUUGUAAUAUAUUUUUAUUAAAUUAUUUCAAUUUCAGGCAUCUUGCAUUUUAUUAUGAAUCGUGCUUUUAUUAUGACGUGUGAUGCCGGAAGCGUCAUUUUCCAGAUAAACAGUUCUCCACACGAUCCAGUGUGACCAUUGAAGACUUUUAAAUCACGGCUGAUUGUUUACACUGGCUUUUGAGUCUGACAAAUGAAAUGUAUACGUGUGUUUGCUGUCAGUUUCCAACGUUUGUGUGGUCUUAGAACAACUGUAAACAUGCCCAAAAGAUCCAAGAAGAAUGAGGAAUCUGUGGACGGAGAGACUGACAAUGGAACUGCACCUACAAAGAAAGGGAAAAAGGGGAAAGAACCGGAGGCCCCAAUUCUGUAUGAAGAUUCCCCAGAUAAGAUGACCAGUAAUGAUGGCCGUGCGGCCAACAUGAAGAUCACCUCCUGGAAUGUGGAUGGCCUGCGUGCAUGGGUGAAAAAGAAUGGCCUUGAUUGGGUCCGUCAGGAGAAUCCAGAUGUGCUGUGUCUGCAGGAAACGAAGUGUGCUGAGAAAGCCCUGCCAGCUGAGAUCAAGGAUAUGGCCAAGUAUCCACACAAGUACUGGGCUACAUCAAAGGACAAGGAGGGUUACAGCGGGGUGGCGAUGCUGUGCAAGACUGAACCUCUCAAUGUCACCUAUGGUAUUGAUAAGGAGGAACAUGAUAAAGAGGGUCGGGUCAUCACUGCAGAGUUUCCAUCUUUCUUUCUGGUCACAGCUUAUGUGCCCAAUGCCAGUCGGGGUUUGGUAAGGCUUGAUUAUCGCAAGACCUGGGACGUAGAUUGGGCCUACCUGAGCAGUUUGGACCAGCGCAAGCCCCUGGUGCUGUGCGGUGAUCUGAAUGUGGCCCACCAAGAGAUUGAUCUUAAAAACCCCAAGGGUAACCGCAAGAAUGCCGGCUUCACCCCUGAGGAACGAGAGGGCUUCACCCAGCUUCUCACGGCUGGGUUUAACGAUAGUUUCCGGGAGCUGUAUCCGGAACAAGCCAAUGCCUACACCUUCUGGACCUACAUGAUGAACUCUCGGGCCAAGAACGUGGGCUGGCGUUUGGACUACUUUGUGCUGUCGUCCGCCCUGCUGCCGGGCCUGUGUGACAGCAAGAUUCGAAACACUGCCAUGGGGAGUGACCAUUGCCCCAUCACCCUGUAUCUGGCUGUGUAGAUCAGGUUGCAUACAUUAUAUCAGGGUUCACAUGCACCCAAACUGUCCCUGUGUCACAGUUUGAGUUCUAGCCCUAGAUUAGCAUUUCCUUUCUGAAACAGUGGUCCAGAAUGGAUGCUCCGAUUAUAGCUAAAUGAUUUUGAAGCUUGUAAAGUACUUUCUCAUGCAAGAUACAAGACACAUUUGAGACACAUUGGUUUGCAUCAAGUUAUAUAGUUCUUUGGAUUUUGUCUUUGUCUUUUUAACUUUUGACAUUUACAAAACGUCCCACUUAUUACAAGUUAGUGGUAGUUCAUGUUUUAAGCAUGAAACAAGAUUUUCAAAAGACUACUUUAAAUUAUUAUUUAUUUUUUUCUGCUUUCUGUCUGUCUGUGAACAUUUGUAAGGUUUUGAAAUAAA